GGUCUCUUCAGAAAAUUCAUAACAGCUUCCUCUUAUUGUUGAUAUACAAUUGUCACUGCUGUGGGUAACUCAGGUAGUACGUGGAUCCAGAUGGUGGCAAUUCUACUGAGGACUGGCAAUUACUUCUAGUUUGAAGAAAAAGUGACGUUGGCUCAAAAUGAGUGCAAUGUUGGAAACCCCUGAGCUGCCGGCGGUGUUUGACGGGGUAAAGCUAGCUGCAGUUGCUGCUGUUCUGUAUGUUAUUGUUCGCUGCUUGAAUUUAAAAAGCCCAACUGCCCCUCCUGAACUCAUUUACCAGGACUCUGCUUUGGCCCGCUUUCUACUCAAAUCCUGCCCGCUUUUGACCAAAGAGUACAUUCCCCCCCUGCUCUGGGUAAAGAGUGGCCACAUCCAAACUGCCCUUUAUGGAAAAAUGGGGAGAGUGAGAUCACCACAUCCAUAUGGACUUCGCAAGUACCUCACGAUGUCAGAUGGAGCAACAGCCACCUUUGAUCUCUUUGAGCCGCAGUUGGAGCACUGCAUUGGAGAGGAUGUCACGAUGGUAAUCUGCCCUGGGAUUGCUAACCACAGUGAAAAGCAGUAUAUCCGCACUUUUGUUGACUAUGCGCAAAGAAAUGGGUACAGAUGUGCUGUCCUGAAUCAUUUGGGAGCCUUACCAAAUAUUGAGCUCACUUCUCCACGAAUGUUCACAUACGGUUGCACCUGGGAAUUUGGUGCCAUGGUUAAUUACAUCAAGAAGACCUACCCUCAGACCCAGCUGGUUGUUGUGGGCUUCAGCCUGGGCGGAAACAUUGUGUGCAAAUAUCUGGGAGAGAGCCAGGCCAACCAGGAGCGAGUCCUGUGCUGCGUCAGCGUGUGCCAGGGGUACAGUGCGCUGAGGGCACAGGAAACCUUCAUGCAGUGGGAUCAAUGUAGAAGAUUUUAUAACUUCCUCAUGGCAGACAACAUGAAGAAGAUCAUCCUUUCUCACAGGCAAGCUCUUUUUGGAGAUAACAUGAAGAAGCCACAAAGCCUGUCAGAUGCUGAUCUGAGCAAACUGUAUACAGCAACAUCCCUUAUGCAGAUUGAUGAUAACGUUAUGAGGAAGUUCCACGGCUACAGUUCCCUGAAGGAAUACUAUGAAGAAGAAAGCUGCCUGCAUUACUUGCACAGGAUCUGUGUUCCCCUUUUGUUGGUUAAUGCUGCUGAUGACCCUCUUGUGCAUGAGAGUCUUCUAUCAAUUCCAAGAGCUCUUUCAGAGAAACGUGAAAAUGUCAUGCAUGUGCUGCCCCUUCACGGAGGCCACCUGGGAUUUUUUGAGGGGUCUGUACUAUUCCCAGAACCUCUUACCUGGAUGGAUAAGCUUGUGGUACAGUAUGCCGAUGCCAUCUGCCAGUGGGAGAAGACAAAGUCUCACUGCUCGGACACAGAGCAGGCUGUAUCUGGCCAGGAGUAAUUGACCCAAAGACUCUGGAUCACUUCAGUAUAUCUCCCCCUCUAGGAACAUCUUGUUCUCUCACCUGCUGCUUCAGGUUUCCAUUCUCCUUGAUAUCCUAUGGCUGGGGUUUGAUCACAAUGUUUUCUUCCAAAGUGGAGUUAAAGCAGAGGUUGAUAUCUGGUCAGAGCAUCUUUGCAUAUAUAGUCACUUGGGUUUGUAGUUUACUGCUCUGCUUGAAGAAUUAGGUGGCUGACUGUGACUUGUUACAGGGUUAUUGAGCUUAAAGACUGCUUGCUUUAAUAUAGCAGAAGUAUCAAAUGUCAAAAUCUCUUCACCUGCUGGUCAAAAACUUGAUCUGCAGCAUUUGUUUAGGUGUAGAUGACAGGGUAACUAUGACUGUUCUCCUCUGUCCCAGUGCUGGACAAACCCUGUACCAAGCCACAAGCAGGUGAGCAGCUCAGUCUGUAAGCCACUAAAAUGUGGCUUGGAACAACAGAUGCUUGACUACAAGUGGCGUUCCAGCCUUGCACCAUCUCAAGGGAAGCCUUUUAGUUCCUAGGAACGCACUUACACAAGUGAAUCAGUUUAAAAAUACUUAACUUUUCCAUGCUUCAGCUAUCUGUGGAUUGGGGUGUCUUUAUGCUGGGACUUCAAGUAGAGAAAAGCUGCAGGCUGGUAAUACCAGUUAAUGUUUCUAUGUAAACAUGUUCUCGCACCAAGACCAGGUCAGUCACCUUCUUGUCAUCUUUGCCUCUCUUUAAAUGUAGUCACCUUUUUAGUACUGGAUUUUUUGUUUGACCCAGGGCUUUUUAAAGCUGGCUCUGGCUUCCAAAUGGAAACCAGAGAUUAAGAAUCUGCAGGAUCUUUCUGUGAGCUCAAUCUGUUUUCAAGAAUAUUUCGUAGAGAAUUAUGUACUCUGUUAGGGAUUGAUUUGUUGGGGGGGAAGGUAUCUAUUUAGACUUACUCCCCUGAUGUCAGGGUAAAUCAUAGCAAAAUUCUUCCCCUUAGCUUUCAAAGCAUCGAAUGGUUUUCAGACACGACUUGCCUUACAGUUGAUGGGGAACUGGAUGUCUCUAGCCCUGUGCAACUAAAAUGAUAUUUUUGCAUGGCUAACUACUUCCAUAUCUAUGUAAACGCUGUAGGAUUACUGGCUCCAGUAAGACACUGGGCUCUUCCUCACUUGAAUUCCUUUUCCACACCCAGAUGUCCUCUUCUAGUUUUAAUGUGCAAAAGCUGUUUGCAGGAAAGAUGCCUACUCACUUGUGCUUUUCCCUCAAGCGGCUGUUAUGGUCCGUGCCAAGAUGGUUAUUAAAGACCCUAGUCUAUCCCCUGGAAGGAAAGUUGUCCCAUGACAAUCUGGAGACUGAAACUUUGUGGUCAAAAUCUUUUUUUUUACUGUUUGUUCUGUCAAUAAUGUAGUCUCAUCAAUCCAUCCUUAGGACUUCUUUAUCACAGUGUCAGUGAAGUACUCUUCCUGUCACACUUCCCACAUCAAUUAGCACUUUAUUGCUUCAGCCUUGGUCGGUGUUCCAGGCACUUUAGUUUAUAGCUUAAGGGUGAAAUGAGCUGCAAGACUUCAGUCUGGUAAUAUAGGGGAACAAGCCUUCUGGACCGCCCUGUCCCUGAACUUCAGUAGGUUGGAGAAGUGGGUUUUUGUUUUAAUAAAGCAAUAAUUAACUGUUGUAGCAAAGAUGCAUUAUCAUAUCAGGAAAUUCCUUUCAUUUGCCUUAGGCCAGACACCUUGGCCUGUUACAAUGAACUGUGGAUAUCUGCACAUUCUCCUUGUUAGUAAAUCCAGGUUUCCUUUUUUUCAUCAAAGAAAAGAUGUGACCAAGUAAAGCUAUAGCAAGACUUGGCCAUGCUUGUGGCUGUUCCUUAAGAACUAUUUUAGGGCAUCAGUUAACAAGGAUAUUCUUAGCUGAUGGGUAUCUUGUCUCUAUGUUGUUAUCCUCUUACUCAUACUGCAUCUGUAUAUCACUAAAAUCUGUCAUAAAAGACAUUUCAGAUUUUUGCUUAAGUAGCUGUUCAUGUAAUAUUCAUUGGAUAUGACUUCAAUAUCUUCUCGCUUCAACAGAAGUGGAGUGUAAACAACACUUGUACGCACCAAAUAGAUACAGUAUAAAUUUAGGUGUGUAGGGGGAUAUGGUUUUUAUCUCCAGUGGUUACAACUUUAGAAGUGUUUCAACUUUCAUAGUAUACUACAGCUGUAGCUUACACAGUUUGUGGCUGUCUGCCUUGAGGAAACAAAACUGCCCUUCCUGUGCUUCAUGUGUCCUUCCUCAAUCCAGCUUUACUGUCCUGAGUAUCAACUUCAGACAGCUCUAGAGGAACAGAAGCUGUCCUUGGUACCAAUACUGCUGUCGAAGUGAAGAGCCCAUCGUAUGACCCAACAUGUGGGUACCUGUGAAAGAAAGGUCAGUGUGUGUCUGACCUCCUUCGAGAGCAAAAUAUCUGCCUUCCUCAAGUUGAGAGCCUUAUCAAAAGUAGGGGCUCUCUGUCCAUCUCCCCAGGCGGCUGAAGCUCUGCCUUCCUGCCCAGGUCCCCAGACUGGCAGAACGGUUCCGUUGUUGACUGGCCCAGAAUGUGGAAGUCAGGAGGGUGAGAACUGGCUCAGUACUGUCUGGGAAGGUUAAUGCUGAGGCAAAGCAAGUGGUUUGCCUCUGCUUUUUGGCCAAAUCAUGCCAGUCCCUCUGAAAGUGGAGCUUUGUCCUGAGCAGCUUUUUCUUGGAAAAAAUUUUCUUCCUUCCAUUUUGUA